AUGGCGGAAAAAUGUCGAGAACUUGUUGGAGAAGAAGCCGCAUCGAAGAGUGGACAGUUUACAUUCUUGAACUGCUUUGAUAUGAGUUCAGGAACCGUAGCUUGUGCGGUUAAAGAAGGCGUGAAGCUGUAUUUCUACAACAUAAGAUCAAUCCACGUAGAGAAAGCCCGUAACAUCGCAAUCGAGAAAGCGUUGCACGAGGCGUUGGUGAAAGGCAUGGCUGCUAAUGAAGCAGCCAGAGACGCUCAGAACGCGGGUGCAAGAGCGGCUAAACUUGCGACAAGGCAAGCGAAAAGGAUCAUAGGACCGAUAGUUGCGUCCGGGUGGGAUUUCUUUGAAGCUCUUUACUUCGGAGGGACGUUAACCGAAGGGUUCUUGCGUGGUUCUGGAACUUUGGUUGGUGCUUAUGCAGGAGGGUAUGUAGGAGAGCAGAGAUUUGGUAGAUUUGGUUAUCUUGUUGGGAGUCAUUUGGGGAAUUGGAUUGGUGCUAGGGUUGGUUUAAUGGUUUAUGAUGUUGUGAAUGGUGUAAACUUCUUUCUUGAGACUUAUCAAUCUGGAGAAAGUUUUGAGGAGCAGUCUACUUAUACAACUUCCGAGGAUCAGUCUUCAUAUGAAACUUCUGAGGAUCAGUCUUCGUAUGAAACUUCGAGUGACGAGCUUUAG